AUGGUUCUCUCUUACAAAGCAGUAAUUGGUGCAAUCCUACGUGCAACCGCCGAUCCGGUGCCAGUUGACCCCGCCAAAACCGGAAUGGCAUGGCGCGGAACUGCAACCGAUCUUGUGCUUGUGGAUGCUGAAGGGAAGACCUUCACCGUGCCGCUCGAGGCCUUUGGAUUUAACUUGCCAUCCGACUUGCUUCGCCGCGAUCACACCUAUCAUUUGUCUGGGGACUUAGGACAAAAAUCGACUGGCGAAGCUUUCAUUAAGCACAGCGAGCUUACUCAGAGCAAAAUCUGCUCUUCGGCUCCUGACCAUGAAUCAAUUGCUGGAAAAACAACAAUGAGUGCAAUUGGGAAGGUGGUAAAUGUUUCUCUUGACAACGACAAUGAAGAUGAAGAAUUUCAUCUUACGGUUGAAGCCGAACACGAGGGAUUUGACCCUAGAGGAAACAAGUCUGUUUCUUUUGAGAUCAUAUAUCGCUUUGGAUAUUUCACUCCUGCGUUGAAGGAGGCGAGGUACAUCAAGAAAGGGUCCUCUGUUUAUUUCCAAGGAACCCUUGUUUCCCAAGAUCCACAAUCUAAACGCUUCAUUGUCCAAGUUAUGCAACAUGCCGAAAUAGCUGUGACCGAAGAUGGGGAAGACGUGGCUCAUGGUAAUGUGGUCAAAGGGAACGUGGUAUGGGUGGAAUGA